UUGUCGUGUGGGUGUACGUGUCUGUGUAGUGUACUGGGUGGAAGUUAUCCUUCAACUCGAGAGUAAACAUGCAUGUGCUUUGAACUUUGGGUUCAAUCGAUUGGAAGCCUAAUUCCGACGAUCUCAGUGGCUCAGACUUUCAGGGCUUUUGAACGGACCAUCUACAUUUUUCACCGUCCACCGCCCGACAGAACGGACACAGUCUCUCUCUCAACCCUCCCCCGGAAGAUGAACCCAACCUUGUCUUUGCUGCUGCUCUGUCAGCUUGCCUUGCGAACAUCAGUGACAUCCAAGAAAGUGUGCGGCCGUCCGCCUGUGACUGACGGCAUCGAUGCAUUGGGUCUGAAGCGCGUGUAUGAGAUUGGAGAAGAGGUGACCCUGGCGUGCGAGCGUGGAUACACACCUGGGACCGGCAAGACUGCCAGGAUCACCUGCUCUGCCUCGGGAGAGUGGACCAAACUGGACCUUGUGUGUUCUCCAAAGAUGUGCCCUCUCCCCAAGCCUAUGCAAAAGCCAGGGAUGAUUGACGUGCCAUUCAAGAGUGUACUCAACUACACAUGUGAUGACGGGUACGUCAUGAUCGGAGCCAAUGAGAGCGUGUGUUUACACGAUGGUACCCUCAGUGCACCACCACCAAUGUGUAAAGCUGUGAGUUGUGCUCUGCCUCAAGCACCGAAGCAUGGUAAAAUUGUCUAUGACAAUAAGAAGUUCACCGGCAAUGAAAUCCAGUACGGACAGAGUUGGACGUAUGAGUGUUUGCCGCCAAGAGCUCCCAUUGGCCACGAGAGAGGAUCGUGUCUGGCCAGUGGAAACGUGACUGAGCCACCGGUAUGCAAGGAGGUGAGUUGCUCCAUCCCACCGACGAUAGACCACGGCAUCAUCACCUUUGCUGUGAUGAGGGAGGCCGGCUACAAGGAGAAGGUCAAGUACCAGUGCCAGGAACACUACGUUCUGGACGGCUCUGAGGAAAUACAGUGUCAGAAUACAGGCAACUGGUCCACUUUGCCCGUUUGUAGAGCCCCCUGUAAAGUUAACAUCAACAGAGGUCGCAUCUUCUACAACGCCAAGAAGAUCUGGAUUGGUGAUCUGAAACCCAAUAGAGUCCUUCAUGGGGAGCCUGUUGUGUUCUACUGUCUGAACAAGGAGUUGAAGUGUGGCAUUCCAGUAGCAAGUCAGUGCAUCGACGGCACACUCAAUACCCCAGAAUGCUUUAAAGAACCAGGCAAGAUGGAGUACACCCUCAAGCCCAAAUCACUUCCAUCUGAGAUUGCGAUGUGUCAAGCCGACCUAACAAAAUAAACGCCAUAUAAAGAGGAUAAAUAUGGCAAAUAAAUUACAAAUAAAUAUGACUUUGAAAAAUCUG